AUGCCCAAACCUGAGCACCUGCACCCGACAUGGCAAUCCGCCGCCGCCUCCGCCAGCGCCAGCGCCAGCGCCUCCCACGCCCUCGACGGCCCUGACGACUCCAACCUCCGCCUCCUCUCCCGCUCCCCCACCCCUAUCACCGCCAGAGCUUCGAGCUCCCCACCCAACCCACCGCUUCAAUCAUGCGGCUGGCCGACCGCGCGCCGUCGUGCUCACGCCGCCCGACGACGAGGAGGAGGACGGCACGACGUCGAGCUCGCGCGGCACCGAGGCCGACGACGAGCACUUCCUCAGGGCCUACCCGCACCCCGCGCCAAGCCGCACAAGGGCCUGCGAGGCCGAAACGAGGCCUUGUCCGGCGCGUCCACCCCGCUCCUAUCCCCCACAAUCCCGCACCACCACGUCGAGGAGCUCGGCGAAAAGUUGCCCCAGGCCAUCCAGGGCGACCGACGGCUCGGCACGGAUAGGGUUCGCCAGGCCCGCCACGUUGCCAGGAGAUAUGUCGAGGUUGCUUUGCUGGCGGGGCUCGGCAUGAUGGUGCUCUCAAAUCGCAGUGUGCAGCCUCUAAGGAAACUGUGGCUUCCAGAAUGCAUCGUCGCCCUAUCUCUUUUUGGCAUCCUUAUUGCCCUAUACCCCCUGCGAUUGAUGAUGUGGGCCCUUGUCCAUCGUUCUCCAACACGGAGAAUCUCCCUCAAAGUCCCCGUGCAAUUCGACCCUGCUCCUCUCUUAUACCCUCAAACCAUUACAGUUCUCACCGCCUUCCUCCUCGCGAGCGGCAAUCCGAGCCUCGUUUUACCCAAUAUCAUGCUCUGUCUCUGCUCUAUCCCGGAGCAACUUAUACCAUUUACGUUCUCCGACCAAUGCUUUAAUACUGUGCACUGGGUCCUUACUUGUGUUCCCCUUUUCUACGCAACGUCCCGGGGUGCCCCUUACAUACCCGCCGAAGACCCGGCCUGGUCCCUCGUGGACUCUCACCAUAUCGCGCCGGGGAUCGCCGUCCUUCUCUAUCCCCUUCACAAAUGCCUGCGCCAAGUACUCCACCACCUCACAACCACGAGUCUUCUCCCGGCCGAGCUCGAGCUUUUCUCAAUCGCCCUCAUUAACCUUUUACUCUUAACCUCAUCUCCCCAAAUGAGAAUUCUCAAGGCGCUCUUAUGGAUUGGCGGGCUGUGUGUGCUCGUCUCGUGCGGUAGGGUCAUCAUCUGGGGAAUAGCGUUGGCCCGGGUGCCCAAGUGGCGGUUCAAGCGCGAGGCCCUGCAGCCUGCCCAACCCCGCUUUGCCAGACUGAUGCGCCAACUCCUUUGGCGGAAGCAGUCUUUAAACAAAGCGGGUGUUAAUGGUCGGGUCCAGAUGGCUCCUAGUUCGGCCUCCAUUCGGCCUUGGCCAUCUUCCGACGACGAAGAAGUAAACUCGCCGUCGGCAAAGCAUAGAGUUCCGUCGCCGUUUGCCGUGAACCGAGACGUGCCCCUCGACGCCGAAGAGGCUACUCUGCUAGCCAGUGCCGAGGCUGCGGAACCGGCUGCCAACCAGCGGGUCUCAUUACGAAGAAACACAUUCCCCUUUGCGCCUGUCGCGACCCGAGUCCGAAAAGCCGCCCUGAGGAAGUGGAUUUAUGCGGGCUACGUCUAUGCAUGCAUCAUCGGCAUCGUUCUCCUCGGUAUCCGAAGUUAUAUUUCACGUUUUGCCCUCGACGGGGCCGAGGCCAUUGGCUGGGCCCUGGGGUAUCUCUUGGGCAACAUCAACUGGUUUCGGUUCCAGGUGGUUAGCGAAAACCUGGACCACUGGGUCCGUUUGCCUCCUCGCCCCGACGCUGGGCCCGGUCAGUUCUGCCAUCAGGGUUGGGUGCAGCACAUACGCCUCGAAACCUUUGGCGGAGCCAACACGAGACUCUUGAUUCUCGGCUACUGGUUCAUAAUCCUUGUCUUUGGGCUCGUCAUUGUAUACCGCCUAAAGGAUAUUUACGAAGUGGAUACCCGUCGCAAGGUCUUCCACUUCAUGAUGGUGGGCAUGCUCUUGCCGGCAACCUACGUGGACCCGGCGUUUGCGGCGCUGGCCCUGUCGGCGGCGCUUGCGUCCUUCCUCAUACUCGACCUGCUGCGCGCAAGCCAGCUACCGCCCCUGUCGAAGCCCAUUGCCAAUUUCCUCGCCCCGUACGUUGACGGGCGCGACUUUCGCGGGCCUGUCGUCAUCUCGCACAUCUUUCUGCUCAUCGGCUGCGCCAUCGCUGUGGCUGACACUGGCUUCUCUCCCGCCAUGGUCUCGGGCGUCAUCUGCGUCGGGCUCGGCGACGCGGCGGCCUCGCUCAUCGCCAGCGCGUGGCUGCGCGUGGGCCGGUGGCCCGUCACGGGCGGAGCGCCGCUCGGCUGGCUGGCCGAGGUACGCAACGCCGGAGUGUGCGCCUCCGCGGCGAGCUUGACGGAGGCGGUGCUCACCGGCGGCAAUGACAAUGUCAUUGUGCCGAUUGUACUAUGGACUUGCGUCAAGAGCUUGGGGGUUUAA